AUGACGCAAAAAAGGAAGUUAAUAGACUCAGUAAAGUUAGCAGACUCAGAAAAUUCAGCAUCAAAAAGGAAGAAAUUUACCAAUUCAGGAAAUUCGAGGAAGAAAUUUGAUAUUAAUAAUAUAGAUUUCAGCCGUACUUACAGCCUUGAGGAGUUUGAACUCAUCAAAAACCACAUUAAGAAUAAUCAUCCCAACUUUGAGCUUGUAGGUGGAAAACUAGUUUCUAUUCCAUAUUCUCCUAUUGUAUAUGAAGCUAUUGUACAUGAAAUCUCUAGACAGCUUGGUAAUUGGAAUAUUAAUAAUGCCAAGAAUGGUGUUGUAACCACAUCUAAAGGAGGUUUUGAUUUUAAUGUUUCUGGUAGUCAGAAAAUUCGAGCAUUAGACAUUACUUUUACAUCUGCCAAUAUUUAUCGUUCGCUUGAUGAAGAACAACUUUGGUCUUUUAAUGGGCAACCUUUUACCCCUUUAUUUGUUGUUGAAGUUGCAAAUCUCAAGAAAAAAGAAGUAGAAAAAGAAAUUGAUACCAGAUUCAAGAAGGAAUAUUUUGCAAGUGGUACAUCCGUGGAGUUAGGAUGGUUAUUUGAUCCAUUGAAUCGCAUAAUCUGGGUUUACAAAAGAAAUAAGAAUGGUGAACCUUAUCGUCGAUCACAACCAUGGGAAAAUUUGGAAGGUGGUAAAAUUUUACCAGGUUUUACUUUAGAAUUGUGGCCUAUUAAUGAUAUCGUUGCACAGGAAAUAGAUUAUGAAGAAGAUAGUGAUGAUGAUGAUGAUGAUGAAAAAGUAUGCCCUUACUGCAAGGCAAUUAUUAAGGACGCCUCUCAAAUGGUUAAACAUAUACAAAAUAAACAUAAUUGA